AAUACAGGCUAGCAAGACCUCUUCCGUUCCUUUUCUCUCUCUCUCUCUCUUUGGUUUGUGGGGCAACUCAGCUCGUAACUUUAAGCAUCAAGUCCUGCCUUCUUAACCCAUCAAGAAGAGAAGAACCAAUAAAUCGAAAACAUAGAGGGGGGAAAAGCAAAAACAGAAAAAAUUAGAGAAAUUAAGAGAGGGAUUAGAGGAAGAAGGAGGGUUUUUUGCUUUUUCUGGUUGAAGAAAAAGACCGAGAAAGAACCAGAAAAAGUAAUGGCUACUCAGACAGAGAAGCAAUCGAGUGAGCAGCUUCAAACACUGAUGCAGGCUGGUCAAAUUUCAGGGAGUUUAAGUUUCAGUGGGUUAAUGUCUAAAGAAGAUGAAGAGAUGUCUAAAUCUGCUCUUUCUACUUUUAAGGCGAAAGAGGAAGAGAUCGAGAAGAAAAAAUUAGAGGUUAAAGAAAGAGUUCAAGCUCAGUUGGGUCGUAUUGAAGAAGAAACCAGACGUUUGGCUUCUAUUCAAGAGGAACUUGAAGCUCUAACAGAUCCCAUGAAAAAAGAAGUUUCAGUUGUUCGUAAGAAGAUUGAUUCCGUCAACAAAGAGUUGAAGCCAUUGGGACAGACCUGCCAGAAGAAGGAAAGAGAGUAUAAGGAAGCAUUGGAUGCUUUCAAUGAAAAGAACAAGGAUAAAGUGCAAUUAAUUACAAGAUUGAUGGAGCAGCUGGUGGGCGAGAGCGAGAAGACGAGGAUGAAGAAACUGGACGAGCUGAGUAAGAGCAUCGAAACCAUACAAUAAGUUAAUAAAAUGGAAACAGAAACAAAAACCCGAUGGUGAUGGUGAUCUGGUAAGUAGGUUUUGUGUGAUGUGGUUUGGUUGUUACAUAUGGGGUCUGAUAUGAGAUCCUUUUGCUCUUGGUUUGGUUGGAAUUUGUUAUUUUUGUUUUGGUUUGAAUAGUUGUAUUUUGGUGUUAUGUAGGGGUGUAAAAACAGCUUUGGUUUCGAUUUUAUCCUAAUUAUUAUUCUUUCUUAAAAUUA